AUGGAGGACCCGUCGCCAGACGGCGCAGGGCAGAAGACGAUAUCCUGCAAUCGCGACGAAAUCACUCUUUUAGCACCGCAAUUCAUGCCGAUCGUCGCUUUCGAUGCCACGCCCCGAGAGCCGAUGCCUGGUCGGCGUGAUCUCCUCCGCGGCACCCUCUCCGAGUUUGUCGCUAUGACGCUAUUCGUCUUCUUUGGCUGCGGGGCCGCUGCUUCGAACGCGCAUUUUAGCGACGGCGACUGGGACCCGGCAUCGGUCACCGUCAUCGCGCUCCAGUUCGGGCUCGCCAUCACCGUGCUGGUGUACGCGACUGCCCACACCUCUGGCGGUCACGUCAACGCGGCGGUCACUCUCGGGCUGACGGUCUCCGGCAAGUGCCACCCCAUCCGCGGCGCGGCCUACUUCAUCGCGCAAAUGCUCGGCUCCAUCGCCGGCGCAGCGAUACUCAAAGGCGCGACGCACGGCGACGCGGGAGGAGAGGACCUCGACCGGUCGGGCAGCCUCGGCUCGAACGGGCUGCAGAACGCGUCGGUCAACCACCACAACGCGGUCGCCUUUGAGUUUGUGGGCACUCUCGUCCCUCAUGCACGCGGCACCUUUCUCCUCAUGUACACCGUCCUCGAGACGGCGGUCAACGGGCAGUCGCUCUGCACCGACGGCGAGCCAUCUCCCCCCAGCCCUGUGCCCCAACGGCAUCCACAGAGGAGUCAGGAGACGAAGGCUGCACGACUAGGCGAGUCCUCCAUCCUCGGGAACAAGCUCUCCAUCGCGCCGCUGCCCAUUGGCACACCGAGCAGCGGCCGGCCUCUCUCACACAAGGCUUCUCCAGUCCACUUUCACGUCUGCAUCCCGGUGACGGGCUGCUCGAUCAAUCCGACGCGCUCCUUCGGGCGCGGGCCGCCUGCCGUCGUCUCUAACACGUGGGACGACCACUGGGUCUGGUGGGUCGGACCAUGCGCCGGCUCGCUCGGCGCCACGAUGGUCUGGCUGGUGAUGAUGAGCCUCGAGGAGCCCGAGGUCGUCACGCGGCGCAAGACGCUCGCGGCCUCGCCGUCGGCGGGAAGCAUCGACGGCCGUUACACCGAGAAGGCGCCGCCCGGCACCCUGCCGGCAAACUAGGGGGGCAGGAACGGCCUAGCUGGUCGCGAAGGACACUAGACGGCGAGGGGUCGCGGUGGCGUCCAUCGCCAGGCUCCCUAGCAUGCUCAACCGACGACCCUCGUACCUCGGGAUCGACGGCCGAUCGUCAUGCGAGGGGUGGUUGCCCGCACGCAGCCUUGCCCGCAGCUAGACACGCGAGCGAGUGUCGAGAGCUGUGGAGUGUGGGGAGCCACGGGGAUGGGGAGUUGACUUGAAAAGAUAUGUACCACCGA